GUGAGUUGAAACGUUGUCGCAUCAAAUACUGUCGCAAAUGAAACGUUAGAAAAAUGGAGUACAAGAAGAAGGAUUUAAUAGGAAGAGGUGCAUGCGGUUCAGUGUUUGGUGGUACAUUUAAUGGCCAAAAGGUAGCAAUAAAACGGGUUGAGCUGAUGGAUGAAACAGUUCAUCCAGUAGACAACGAGCUGGAAGUUCUUCAACAAUUGGACCACCCGAAUGUUAUCAAAUUCCUUCAUUUCGAAAGCGAUGAAAAUUUCAAAUACUAUGUUUUGGAAUUUUGCGACACAUCAUUGGAUAAGCUGUUCUUAAAACCGUACGAUCCUAGGAAAUACAAAGGACCUAUACCACUCCCUAUCGAAAUGUUCCUCCAUUUAGCUUCAGGACUUGCCUAUAUCCAUUCGCGGGGUUUAACUCACCGAGAUAUAAAACCGGAAAACAUUCUGAUUUCUGUGAAAAUGAUUGAUGAAGGCGAACAGGCAACGAUGAAGUGGGGUGAUUUUGGGCUGUGCCGACCCGUGAAUGAACGAGGAACAUACACAAUGAGUGGAAUCAAAGGAACUCGAUCUUGGUUUGCGCCCGAGCUGUACGAAAUUCUGGAUAACAAUGUUUUGGACGGAAAACGCGGAACAGUCAAUAGCGAUGUCUUCGCAGAAGGGCUCGUCUUCGGUUACAUUCUCUUGAAUGGAAACCAUCUCUACGGUGCCGACGAAGAAAUUAUGACAAACAUCAGACAGAAUAUACCGAUUAAUAUGGAUAAGAUUCACAAUUUGCAUUGGGCACGCAGUUUGUUAACAAAAAUGUUGACCACUGAACCUACUGAGAGAAUCGCAUCACGAGAUGUCGUUACUGAACUUCAAUCCAUUCAAACGAAACUUGGAUGGAAUGAUUUACAUUGGGUGUGUGCAAACAACUCAAAAUCAAACACAAUUGAAGAAAUUGAGUUGUUGAUAAAACGCGGAAUCGAUACAAACGCAAAGAGCAACGAAGGACUGAGCGCGUUGCACGUUUUGUGCACAUACAAUUCCAGUCCUUAUUUAACAGAUGCAAUCGACUUCUUAAUCAAAAACGGAUUGGAUGGAAACGCAAAAGACAACAACGGCUUUAACGUACUCCACACUUUAUGUGCAUUCAAUUCAAGUUCAAAUUUAAUGGACCAAUUCGAAAAAUUAAUCCAACUCGGAACUGACGUGAAAGCAAAGAGCGGUAAAUUCGGAGCAAACGCCCUCCAUUUCCUCUGUGCUUACAAUUCAUCAUCAAAUUUAAUUGGCGCAAUCAAACGAAUCGAUGUGAACACAAGAGACAACAAAGGACGAAACCCACUCCAUUAUUUGUGCACAUACAAUUCAAGCCCUUAUUUGACUGAUGCAAUCGAGUUCUUAACCAAAAAGGGAAAUGAUGUUAAUGCAGAAGAUAAAAACCGCAUUAACGUACUCCACGCUUUGUGUGCAAACAACUCAAGCUUACAGAUAAUAGACGCAAUCGACAAGUUAAUCCAACUCGGAAUCGACGUAAACGCAAAGGAUGACGAGGGAGCAAACGCACUCCAUUUCCUGUGUAGUAACAAUUCAUCCUCAAAUUUAAUGGAUGGAAUCGAAAAGUUAAUCCAACUCGGAAUCGACGUGAACGCAAAGGGUGACAGCGGAUUGAACGCACUCCAUGCCCUGUGCGGAAAGAAUUCAUCCUCAAAUUUAAUUGAUGGAAUCGAAAAGUUAAUCGAACUUGGAAUCGACUUGAACGCAAAGGAGAAGGGCGGAUUUAACGCACUCCAUGUCCUGUGCUUAAACAAUUCAUCCACAAAUUUCAUUGAUGGAAUCGAAAAGUUAAUCGAACUUGGAAUCGACUUGAACGCAAAGGAUAAGGACGGAUUGAACGCACUCCAUGUCCUCUGCUUAAAGAAUUCAUCCACAAAUUUAAUUGAUGGAAUCGAAAAGUUAAUCCAACUCGGAAUCGACAUGAACGCAAAGAAUAACAGCGGAUUGAACGCACUCCAUGCCCUGUGCGGAACGAAUUCAUCCUCAAAUUUAAUGGAUGUAAUCGAAAAGUUAAUCCAACUCGGAAUCGACAUGAACGCAAAGAAUAACAGCGGAUUGAACGCACUUCAUUACCUGUGCGUAAGAAAUUCAUCCACUAGUUUAAUUGAUGGAAUCGAAAAGUUGAUCCAACUCGGAAUCGACGUAAACGCAAGGCGCGGCGAUGGACUAAACGCACUCCAUGUUCUUUGCAAGGAAAAUGCAAGCACAAAUUUAACUAAAGCCAUCAAACUGUUGAUCCACCUUGGAAUUGAUAGCCAUUCAAAGGUCAAAAACGGAAGAAAUGCACUGCAUUUCCUGUGCACAUCUAAUUCCAGUGAAAACCUAUUCGAUGCGGUCAAAUAUUUAAUUGAAUUAGGAAUGGAGAUUAAAUCCAACGAUUACGACGCGAAGGAUCUCUUACGCAAAAAUUACAAAUAAGAUAACUUGGAGGAAAUCAUGAAACUAUUUGACAAACUAGACCUUGCUAGCAAUUAAUCAACAAAAACGAUAUUGACUGCAGCAGCUGUGAACCUAAGGCCACGGAACGUAACAUCAUCCAAUGAAAUGCUGUAGUCA